CCCUUUUUUUCUAUAACGGUGGUUCUUUGUUCCCCCUCCCUAAAUUUCCAUCCCUUUGUCGUCGCCCAUCAUUUCUCACAAAGUAUUCAUCAUUCCAAGAAGCGAGUUCAGACGUAAUUCGUUGACUGAACAUAAAGACGUAAAAAAGUUCGUUUGCGGUAUUACAUUUUAUACUGGAUGGAGUGAAUUUCUCAUCAUAAAACUGUAUGAGCAUCAUAAUACAACAAAACAAGAAAGAAGUAUAUUGAAGAAAAGACUAUAAUUUCAGAAACUUUUUCAAGAUGAGCAAUGACUGGGAAGACUUUCCAAUCAAACAGCUAGUACAUGAGGGUAUGAAGAUGGCUGGAUUUCACAUAAUAAAGACAAAAUAUCAUUGGGAAAUUUACAAAGAGGGUCCUUGCGAUGGCGUGUAUCAACAAGAAUUUAUAUCCACCACGUUUCCAAUUGAAAACAAAACUGAGUCCAUGUACUGUAGGAUGUUCUUUCCUGUACAAGAAGAUCCAUCACCAUUGACAAUGACAUUUUUAAACACUGAACAAGUGAUGGCAAUUCAUUUAUCUGUAUACGGGCCUAGUAUGAGUAGUUAUAUCGAGAAGUACCCAAGAGCAUAUAAAUGUUCAUUUGCCCGACCAUUUCCAGUCGUUCACACUGUCGAUAAGGUUGUCUUCCCUACUAAACAAGUCCCUCUACGAUUUUCACUACUCGUUCUCUUCGGGAUCGUAAAAUGUGGCGGGAACGAUAAUCCCCCCUUCAAAAUUUUUGAUGAAAUUGCUUAUCAAACUCCGCAAAAAAACGUUUUAAAAAACUUCAAAACUAUGUUUGACAACAAGAGUCUUUGUGACGUUACCUUCGUAUUGGGUGAUCAAGAAAUGUCUGCCCACAAAACUGUGCUCGCUGCGCAGAGUAAAGUUUUCGAAGCCAUGUUUUCAAAUGAGAUGGUAGAAAAAGAAGAAAGCAAAGUUGUUAUUGUUGACACAGAGAUGAAGGUUUUCGAGAAAUUUCUCAAUUACUUCUAUACUGAAGACGUAUCUGAUUUGGCAGAAGUAGUUGAUGGGAUGAUCAUACUGGCUGAUAAGUAUCAGGUUGAUGACCUCAAAGCAUUGUGUGAGAAUCAUAUGGUGAAAAAUCUUUCCGUAUUGAGCGUUGUAAAGUAUUUAUUCAUUGCAGAUAAAUUUUACUGCGCUGAGUUGAAACAAAAAUGUAUUGAACUUCUUCAAAAAAGUUGGGUAGGAACACUGACCGAGGAAAGUAUAGAAGUACUGAAAAAUAUGGGACAGAUACUGUCAAAAAAAAAUGACCCCAAAAUUGAAUCACCUUCGUAAAAGUCUUGAUCUAUUUGAGUCUCCGAUUUGCUACUGACAAUCUACAAAAAAAUAGAUUGACCUAAAUUAUAGUUGUAAAGCCAGAACGGAGAAAAUAAUCGCGCAGAUUUCAAAAGAAGCAAUUUUCUCACGCAUUGUUUAUCAUUUAUCAUUUUCCCUGUAUUGAAUAUGUUAUUUAGCUCUUAAUCACUUCCCUUUUUAAAAUAUCGAUAAAACCUACGAAUGGAUCAUACAAAUAUCGUUUGAUUUUUAUUUUAUUGAAUAAUUCAAAUGCAUGUGAUUCAAUAAUUAGUAUACGUAUAUUAUAAUCAUUAUUAUGAUUGUUAUAACGUUACCUUGGUAAGGAUCGGAAUCUACUUCCAUAAUGAGAACCGAAUUGUCGAAGUUGAACGUACAUUAGUUAAGUAAUACAAAAACAAUUUGUAUUCUUAAUAAGAUUUUUAAUAAAAAUACAUCUUAUAUA